GCACAAUGUGGAUUAUGAUGCGCCGGGAGAAGCGAGCUCAUCGGAACUUCAAGAGAAUGCGUCUUCCUCCAUUUGAUGACGAGGAACCUCCUCUUGAUUAUGCUGAUAAUGUGUUGGAUGUGGAACCCUUGGAAGCCAUCCAGAUUGAACUCGAUCCAGACAAAGAUGCAUCAGUCUGCAAGUGGUUUUAUGAUCACAAGCCACUAGUGGGAAGCAAACAUGUAAAUGGCUCAACAUACAGACGCUGGAACUUGUCACUGCCUCAGAUGGCUGCACUCUAUCGACUUGCUGAUCAACUUCUCACAGACAUGGUGGAUAUCAACCACUUUUACCUUUUUGAUCACAAAUCAUUCCUCACAGCCAAAGCUUUGAAUGUGGCCAUUCCAGGAGGUCCUAAAUUUGAACCUCUUAUCAAGGAUUCUGAUCCUGUGGAUGAAGACUUGGAUGAGUUCAACGAUAUCAGAAAGAUUAUCAUCCGUCAUCCAAUUCGUACAGAGUGUAGGAUUGCAUUCCCAUACCUUUACAGUAAUAUGUCCCAUUCUGUCCAUCUUUCAUGUUAUCAUGUACCCCAUGUGAUGUAUAUCAAGACAGAAGAUCCUGACUUGCCAGCAUUAUAUUUUCAUCCAUUCUUCAAUCCAGUAUCUCACACGCCCUCACUUAAG